AAAAGGAGAGGGAGAGUUGAAACAUGGCGGCCAAGGGCGUGAGAAGGGCCCUUAAGCUAUCAGGAAAAGCACUCUUCGGUCGUUCAACAGCUGCGUCUUCUGGUCCGAAUGUCGGAAAAUCAGCAGGAUUUACUUUCGCGAAUGGGUCAUCAUCUACUUCAUCUCGUUCGUCACUUGGCAGGCUCACAUCCUCCAGGGUCCCUGUGGAACUGAGUGCAGGGGUUUCGCUUAUACCUUUACAUAGCGUUACUGCUUCAGCUUUACUCACUUCGUUGCUGUCUCUUAGCAAUCAAACCUGGGGUUGCUUAUCUGAAGGAUUCGGAACGACACUAUAACAUGCCCCUGCAAGUUCUUACUUGUCAGAUUCCAAGAAACUUGUUUCAUCACCGGUGGCAUAAUUUGCAGUUUUUUCCCCCAAAGGUUUUAAGAUUAACAUUUCUUCAAAGGGCUUCUUUGUUCUGUUUAUUUAUACUAUUGUCAUCUUCAGUCUGAUGAUUCCCAUCUGCCUUGAAAUUAAACUACUCUUUUUUUUGCUAGAGUUUUACUUAAAAAAGAAAUCUAUUGAAAGAGUUGGACUUUCUUGUAAUUUGACGUAUGUGUUUUAGUCUUUGAAUCUCAUCACAAUUACCAGUUA